GCUUCCGGUCGCGGCUCAUUUCUCGCGCCUCCGCCUCCGCCGCGGCUCGUGGUCGUCCCGCCAUGGCACUGUCGCGGGGACUGCCCCGGGAGCUAGCCGAGGCCGUGGCCGGGGGCCGGGUGCUGGUGGUGGGAGCGGGCGGCAUCGGCUGCGAGCUCCUCAAGAACCUCGUGCUCACUGGCUUCUCCCACAUCGACCUGAUUGAUCUGGAUACUAUUGACGUCAGCAACCUCAACAGGCAGUUUUUGUUUCAAAAGAAACAUGUUGGAAGAUCAAAGGCCCAGGUGGCCAAAGAAAGUGUACUGCAGUUUUACCCUAAAGCUAAUAUCAUAGCCUACCAUGACAGCAUCAUGAACCCUGACUAUAAUGUGGAAUUUUUUCGACAGUUUAUAUUGGUUAUGAAUGCUUUAGAUAACAGAGCUGCUCGCAACCAUGUUAACAGGAUGUGUCUGGCAGCUGGUGUUCCUCUUAUUGAGAGUGGAACUGCUGGUUACCUUGGGCAGGUAACUACCAUCAAAAAGGGUGUAACUGAGUGUUAUGAGUGUCAUCCCAAACCUACCCAGAGAACUUUUCCUGGCUGUACAAUUCGUAACACACCUUCAGAACCUAUUCAUUGCAUCGUUUGGGCAAAGUAUUUGUUCAACCAGUUGUUUGGGGAAGAAGAUGCCGAUCAAGAAGUUUCCCCUGACAGAGCCGACCCUGAAGCUUCCUGGGAACCAAUGGAAGCUGAAGCCAGAGCCAGAGCGUCUAACGAAGAUGGUGACAUAAAACGUAUUUCCACUAAGGAAUGGGCUAAAUCAACUGGAUAUGAUCCGGUUAAACUUUUUACCAAGCUUUUUAAAGAUGAUAUCCGGUAUCUGUUAACAAUGGACAAGCUGUGGCGGAAAAGGAAACCCCCUGUUCCAUUGGACUGGGCUGAAGUACAAAGUCAAGGAGAAGAAACCAAUGCAUCAGAUCAACAAAAUGAACCCCAGUUAGGUCUGAAAGACCAGCAGGUUCUAGAUGUAAAGAGCUAUGCACGUCUUUUUUCAAAGAGCAUUGAGACUUUGAGAGUUAAUUUAGCAGAAAAGGGGGAUGGAGCUGAGCUCAUAUGGGACAAGGAUGACCCAUCUGCAAUGGAUUUUGUCACCUCUGCUGCAAACCUCAGGAUGCAUAUUUUCAGUAUGAAUAUGAAGAGCAGAUUUGACAUAAAAUCAAUGGCAGGGAACAUUAUUCCUGCUAUCGCCACUACUAAUGCAGUGAUUGCUGGGUUAAUAGUAUUGGAAGGAUUGAAGAUUUUAUCAGGAAAAAUAGACCAGUGUAGAACGAUUUUUUUGAAUAAACAACCCAACCCAAGAAAGAAGCUUCUGGUGCCUUGUGCACUGGAUCCUCCCAACCCUAACUGUUACGUCUGUGCCAGCAAGCCAGAGGUGACUGUUCGGCUGAAUGUGCACAAAGUGACUGUUCUCACAUUGCAGGAUAAGAUUGUGAAAGAAAAAUUUGCUAUGGUAGCACCAGAUGUCCAAAUUGAAGAUGGGAAAGGAACAAUCCUAAUAUCUUCGGAAGAGGGAGAGACAGAAGCUAACAAUCAUAAAAAGCUGUCAGAAUUUGGAAUUAGAAAUGGGAGCCGGCUUCAAGCAGACGAUUUCCUUCAGGACUACACUCUAUUGAUCAACAUCCUUCAUAGUGAGGACCUAGGGAAAGAUGUUGAAUUUGAAGUUGUUGGUGAUGCUCCAGAAAAAGUGGGGCCCAAACAGGCUGAAGAUGCUGCCAAAAGCAUAACCAAUGGCAGUGACGACGGAGCUCAGCCUUCCACAUCCACUGCACAAGAGCAAGAUGAUGUGCUCAUAGUUGAUUCAGAUGAAGAAGGUCCUUCAAAUAAUGCUGACAUCAGUGAAGAAGAGAGAAGUCGCAAGAGGAAAUUGGAUGAGAAAGAGACUGUUAGUGCAAAGAGGUCACGCACAGAACAGACAGAAGAACUUGACGAUGUUAUAGCAUUAGAUUGAACAGAAAUGCCUCUAAACAGAACCCUCUGAACUGCAGUAGGUCAUCUGGGCAGAGCCAGGUUAUUUGUUAUGUCCUUUGUUCCAAAGGGAAAAAAUUGACACCAGUGACUUGAAGAUGAUUCUGCUCCCUUUGAAAGCCUUCAUUUUGCUAGAACAAUUAGAAGCAUUGCGGUAUGCUGUGUUGAAAGUAGGAUUAUAGUUAUAAAGCCCUUUGAACAAAGUGUGUGCAUAACCAGUCAUGAGAAAACAACACAAUGCAUGUUGCCUUUUUAAUGUAAAUACCCUUAGGUAUCAUUUAACAGUUUUAAAAUAUUGUGGUUUAGUAAAGUUGAUACCUGGUUAUAAAUAUUAUGCCUUUAUUUUUGGUUAGAAGAAGAAUUAUUUUUAGCCUAGAUCUAACCAUUUUCAUACUCUUAACUGACUGAAACAGAUUCAAAGAAGUAUCACGUGCUAUGCAUUGAAACUUGUUUUUAAAUGUUAACUGGCACUAUGUAUAUUAAUGUAAAACAAUGUUAAUUUACUCAAGUUUUCAGCGUGUACUGCCUGGUAUGUCUGUGAGAAGCCCAUUCUUGUGUGUUGUUACAGUUUCAGGUUAUUUAUAUUCGGUGUUUUGUAGAACUCAGAUACAACUACACUGUACUUAUGGACCAAAUAAAUGGCAUCUGCAUACUUGUUACACGUG